AAUGUUGAUAGUGAAAGGAAAAGAAAACUUUAUAAUUAGGUAGGUAUUAGGUACUCAAAUUAUUCCUGUUUAGGCGAUAUUACUAAUUAAUAAUUGCGUUGUUUCUACAAAAUCGAAAAUUGUCAUAAUAAUAAUAACUCUUCAAUAGACGCGUACAUCAGCAGUGCCAAAAUAUGGACAUUGGUCUCACAGAUCCUUGGAUCACACUAACCAUUAAAGCUCCAAACCAACAAAUCAAUGACCAUACAAUAAAAUGUAAAUUGGAUUGGUCGGUAGCGAAGCUCAAGGGGUACAUUCAUGAAACUUAUCCAAACAAACCAAAAACAGAAGACCAAAGGCUAAUAUAUUCUGGUCAGCUCUUAACUGACGGUGUUAUUCUAAAAGAUGUUUUGAGACCAUAUGAUGAAGAUGGACAACUCAAUCGUACUGUUCAUUUAGUUUGUUCAUCUUCAUCUUGUUGUAUCCCACUUAAAGAAAAACUUAAAAGUGAGGAAAUUGUAAAUGCAAUCAAUGGUAAAUGCCCUAAGUUAAAUGAAGUCAACUAUGGUGCUAGUACUUCUGGUAAUGGUAACUCUACAGAUACUAAACAAGAAGUUCGCCAAGAAGCUAGUACUUCAUCAAACAAUAAGCAAGAAACUAAACCCACCCAAAACCAAACUAAAUUGAAUAAUAAUGCUAACAGUAUUUCAUUGACACCAGAACAAUUAGCUCUUCAGCAAAUACUUUGGGUGAAUAAAAUGUAUGCCGUUCAAAUGGCACAAUAUUGGCAAUCAGUUGCAUCGAGUUUAGGAGCUCCUAUACAAUUGAAUACUCCAACUGUCGAAAAUGAAUUUCCUCCUCCAGAUUUACCAAACAAUAAUAAUAACAAUAAUCAACCAGCAGACCAAAACCUACCUGCUAAUAAUGCAAAUUUAAACAUACAAGAUGCUGGGCCCAAUCAAGAUUGGUUAGAUUGGUUAUAUGUAUCCAGUAGAGUAUUUAUUUUCAUAAGCGUUCUCUAUUUCUAUUCAUCACCUGGCCGUUUUAUUGUUGUUGCUGGUUUUGCACUUAUUUUAUAUUUGUACCAAAGUGGAAUUUUGAGACACAUUAAUGAGCAUAAUAGAAGGAGGUUUCAGCCUGAACAACAAGAACAGCAUGUUGAUGACAACAGGAAUUUGUCACAAGAGCAGAAUGGAAAUACUGAAGACACGGCAGUAAGACAAAAUGAACGUUUAAUAACUACGUUAUGGACAGUAGUUAGUACAUUUUUUACUUCUCUCAUACCACAGCAACCGGAUAUAAUAUAAGUUUUAAAUGAAC